GAUGGAAGCACGAGAUCGAGAAAAAGAGCAUUUGUUGGCACUUAAAGUGUUUGUGAGGACUGCAAAACUGAUUUUGUGACUUUGGUUUUUUUUCAUGAUAAUUAAACAUCAUGAACAAGUGAUGCGGCUCACAAAGCCAACUCUUAUGCCCUUCUCCCCAAUCCUGUGUGAAGAGUCUGACCUUCACGGUGACCUUCUGAGCCAACAGGUGAGAGAUGAUAUUUCCAAACCAGGAAACCUACCAAACUUCAUCUUUGGAGACUUACUGACACUCCCACAAAAUUUUGGGAACAUUUUUCUUGGCGAGACCUUUUCCAGUUACAUUAGUGUUAACAACGACAGCAGUCAGGUGUGCAGGGAAAUUAUCGUUAAGGCAGAUCUUCAGACCAGCUCGCAGAGGCUGGCUCUCUCUGGAGUUAAUGCUCAACCAAUUAAACUGGGCCCAGAUGAGAGCAUGGAUGAUGUCAUACAUCAUGAAGUUAAAGAACUCGGCACCCACAUAUUGGUUUGUGCUGUUAGUUACACAACACAGGCAGGUGAAAAGAUGUACUUCAGGAAGUUCUUUAAGUUUCAGGUUCUCAAGCCACUAGAUGUCAAAACCAAGUUUUACAAUGCAGAGUCUGAUGAGGUAUACCUGGAAGCCCAGAUACAGAACAUUACCCCAGGGCCUAUUUACAUGGAACAUGUCAGCCUGGAGCCCUCACCCCAGUACACCACCACCCAGCUCAACACACUGGACGAGAAAGACAAAGCCACCCUGGUGUUUGGUAAGGUAAAUUACCUAAAACCCAUGGACACGCGACAGUACUUGUAUUGCUUGACACCCAAAGCUGAGCUGUACAAAGACAAUAAAGUUCUGAAGGGGGUGACCAGUAUCGGGAAGCUGGACAUUGUAUGGAGAACUAACCUAGGGGAGAGGGGGCGACUACAGACCAGUCAACUUCAAAGAGUGGCACCUGGUUAUGGGGAUAUUAGGUUGACUGUGGAGUCUAUACCGGCAUCUGUUCCAUUAGAAAAUACCUUUAAUAUGGUCUGCCGGGUUACCAACUGCUGUGAGCGCACAAUGGACCUUACCUUAGUUUUGGAGAACCGUAUCCCAUCUGGCAUCUUAUGGUGCGGCAUAUCCGGCAGGCAACUCGGCAAAUUGCCAUCCAGUGAAAGCAUAGACUUGCCCCUAACCUUGAUCACAACAGCCCCAGGUUUACAGACAGUAUCUGGCUUGCGGCUAACAGACACCUUCCUGAAGCGGACAUACGAACACGAUGAAAUAGCCCAGAUAUUUGUAUACAAUAAUGAAGCCAAUGUAUGAUAACUGUGAUGUAACAUUAAUGUAUAAAAGGGUUAGCAUGAAACUAUUUUAACUUCUUAAAUCAUUGUGGCUAAUGUAAGGGCUCAAGUUACAUUGUAUUCCUCUAGGUUUGUUUUGUCACUUUAGCCAAUCCGCUGUCGUAAAAGCUCAAAAAUUUUUUGGGUAUUUGUGUAUGGUGUACACAAAUCAAAAACAAGGAAACACAAAAGAGUUCACCAAGAUGGUGAAAGGUGCUUGUGCAAUUUGCCAAGCAAAAGUCACAGAAGUAUAUUCGUGUAUGGAGUCAUAGAUGUGUGUUUAAGUAUGAGAAACAUUUGUCACUUGCAUGAAAACCUCCCUAAAUUGCUUAUAAUAGUGUUCUGAAAAAAUAUGAAAUGGCAUACAACAUUGUCUUAGUCAUCAGUGUUAUUGCUCUGGGGCAUGUUUCACAAAGCGCACGUAACGUUACGUGCACUUAACUUCCAUGGCGACCACUGCUACAGGUAUUACGUUGCCAUGGUAGUUACGUGGACGUAGCGCUACGUGCACUUUGUGCAACAGUAGGUAUUGUUUUAGGGUCUAAUCUUUCACAACUGCCUAUGGGUUAACCAAAUUUACAUUUGCUUAUCGUCAAUUCUUUAUGAUCGGUAGCAGGAACCUCUUUUGUAUUUAAAGAGUAUUUCAGCUGCAUAUGUUGAUUCAGUGAUAUCCAGUGAAUAAUAUUACAUCUCACGAAAAUCAACUGUUUAAUUUUGAGAAAUUUGACGAGACAGAGUUGUUUUUAAUUGACAGGUGUUAAUCCAUGAUUUUUUUUAGCUCUUUGCUCACUUUAGAAAUCCUGCAUGUCUAUAAGUACAGAAAUGCUUCUACGUGUGCAGAACUGAAAUGUUUGUUAAGGAAAAGAGUGCGUUACGUUGCUGUACAAGGCUCUAUCUAAUGAACAUACAGAUACUUUGGAUUGGAAAUGCCACACCUCACUUUCUGAUGCAAAGCAUACUACAUAUGCUCAGAAAGUCACGUAGGCUUUUGAAUGUUCCCAUUAUAGCUACAAGAAUUCGGAUAACAGAGUUUGUGCUCAGUUUUACAACUACAUUUGUGCUUUUAUGUUUGAUGUCAUUGAAAUUGACAUAUUUAGGUUCAUUGUUUCCAGGCUUAUGCAUUGUGGCAUCCUAGGACAGUCAGGAUCAUAAUGCAUUGAAUGCACAGGGCUGGUUAUUUCAAGCAGGACUUUUCCAAGACUGUUGUAUGAAGUGUGGAACCUGGUUUAAUCAUAAAAAGUCACAUAAAUCCUUGUAUAUAUGAUCUAAAUUAUAUCACUGUGUUCCAUUCUUGUGUAGAAAUGUCCAGAUUAAUUGAAAUUAAAUGUUUCAUUUGUGUGUGUUUUAUAUAAAAUCACGGUUUUCUUGUAUUUGCAUCACUGUAAUCUGUAGACGAUUAUAUAUGUAAAUACACUGUACUGGUACUGUACUUGUUAAAAAUGCAUAUGUAUAUUAAGAUGGAUUUCCACCUUCAUAUUUGCCUAUGUCUAACUUAUUCUAAGUCAGUUCCAUUGUAAUGGUAUGUCAGACCAGCUUAGGGAGGCUAUACUUGAGAUUUUGGGGCAAAAAAUCCAUAUUCCCUAAUCAAAUUAAAUUUCCUGUAUUAACCUAGAAUAGCUCAAAUUAUUGUCUUUCAGUAAAUAUCAGACUCUUGCCUUUACGUUCAGGUUACCCUGAAGUCUGUAAAAGUUAAAUUGGAAUCUGCUUUGAAUGGUAACUGUUGCACAUAACAGGUUGAUAUUUUUGGUAAAAUAGCAAAAAUUUUAUUGGAUUUGUGCUGGUCAUUUUUUUUUUUUUUUUGGCCCCCAAAAAUUGGCGGUAUAGCAGUGUCUAAAAGUCGAAGGAAUUACCAUAUAUUCUUUGGGAGGAUUGAAUGUCAACUUUCCAAAAAACAUAAGCAUGGUACACAUACAUGUAUAUGAAUAUGGCAUAAAGCUCAAAAUGUUUUUUGGUACAGUUAGGUCAUAGGAGCUACCAAAUUUGCACCAAAUAGGUCUAAAAGUGAACAUACAUUAUCUUUCCAGACCUCUUAAUAUGGAUAACGAAGGCAUUCAACUGAUGAAUAAAUUUACA